AAAUAAUCUAGCUAUCAACACUUAAUCAGCCCCCACCCAUGAAUCCAGUUUCGGUGUUAACGAUAAAAAUGUCUAGCAGUCCUUACUCAUUCACUUUUUGGUCUCGUUUAAUUAUGUGUCCGUCAGUGUAGAACUACCUUAACAACUUUAAUUCGCCAACGUGUUCAAUUAACUUUGGUGUAGAGGAUAAGUUACAUGAUUUGCUGUUCUAUCUUUUAAAUUAUUUUAAAGACAAGCCUUCUAAACAACACCAAAGCCAUAAAAAACUGAAAUGACCCUUUUUGACCAUGGCAAUAAGAAACCCUUACAUUCUGUUAUGCUCUCAUCGAGCAUGGUAUCGCGAUUGUGCUUCCUUACCGCUGUGUUGCUUUUUGAGGGAUCGUUCUGAAUCAAUCGAAGGAAUCAAAGAACGUUACAGUUUGGUGAUCGAUGUGAAAAAUGAUUCAGAGACAAGUUUUACUAAUUAAGUAAGCCUUACUAAUUGCCAGCUCAAACAUUAUUUUUUUUGAGUAAUCAAGGCAUCACCUUCUAACAUGAAAUUUGGUAAAAAUUGCUGAUCUAAAAAUCAACAAGGUUCCACUUGUCGAAGGAUCUUUUAAGGUUCGGCGUGACCUCUUGAUUGCACAACAACUUUUCCCAAGAAGCCUUGAGUGAUUUGAUGAGAAGUUCAUUUAUCUUCCGUUCGUCCGCUUAUCUUGACAAGAUUUUUUCCUCGCAGUUCUGCUUUGAAUAUUGACAAGCUCUGAUGUUGCUUUGUCGGCCACUCUAAUCCAAGCUUUUAUGCUCUUCUGAUCCAAAAACUUAAGUACCUUGGUGAUUAAUAUCCAUGUGGUUGAACCUGCGUCUUUACACAUUCAAAACUCUCCGUACAUCAUAGCAACAUUUGCAUGGUUGAUGAUCAUUCUCAACAAAGAAAUGAGAUUGUAUUGAUGUUUGCUUCAGUAUUGUUUGAAGAUAUCGUAUGAGUGGAGGCUUUUGAGGAAAAAUAAAAAGCAGAUAACCAAACUUUGCAUUAUUGCUGACUGGCAGGUAAACCAUUGAACUGAAAUAACAGACGUGAAGCUCUAAGUGAAUAACAGCUGCAGCAGGGUGCGAUGGAAGCUUUAAAGAGACAAGAGGAACAGCUGAAAAGCAAGCUUGAAGACGCAGACACGAUCAUGGAGCGAAGAAAAGUCCGCGCAGAACUUCGGGAGAUUCGAAAUCAAAUUGCCACUUUUACCUUAAAAGAGGACGAGAACGCAAAUGUUGUUGAUAUAAAGAUGGACUUGAAUUCCAACAUCAUAACAAACAAGGAACAAAGCUCUACAGAGAUCAAACCUGUUUCUAAAGUUGCAGAGACUGCGUCAAAUUCGCUGAAAAAUCCAUCGUCGCCUCAGUUAACGAGAAACGAUCGCGAUUAUCGUGUAACAGAUGACAGCGAGCAAUUGCGUAUUAAAACUGCCGAGGAACGAGCCAACAGGAGAGCACGAAGGCAAGAGAGAAUGAAUAAAUUAGCAAAAGAACAGACUGAUGAUUCGAAAACAAGCGAUGAAGUAGAAACGAGGAAUGAGAAAAACAAACUGGAUGAUAAAAAGCCAAUCUCGGUAUCAACUAGGCCAAGAAGUUUUGUUAGAGACAAUGAAGUGAAUGAGGUCACGGCUUCAAAGUCGUCUUUAGAAACGAGACAGAGUGGGUUCAGAAGGGAGGCGAAUAAGGAAAAAGAAGAUUCUGUAAAUAAAACAGAGGUUGGCGGUUUCAAUCAGAGAAAUUAUGUGGUAGGGAAAAAAAUCGAAAAAGAUGAUGAUGUAAACGGGGAAAAUAUAACAAAGAUGAGAAAUGUUAAAACAGAAGAAAAGGCAGAUCGUAAGAUUGAAAAUGGGAAUGAUGACAAACUGAAUAGUAGUGCCAAGGGACAGUUAAAUUUAACGUUAGGAAUAAACAAAGACAAAGGAGAGAGCUCACCCAGGUCACCAGUUAGCAUAAACAAAACAAUAACGACUACCAGAUCAGGAUUGGGCAACCGGCCAGAAAAAAAAUUCGAGCAAACAAGCCAACAUACGAGUACCACGUCUGUUAACACGCCUAAGUCGUUUACGGGUAAAUUUGAGCGCAAGGAAGAAAGGACCGUUCAAGUGAAGAUUGGAGAUAAAAAAGAAGAAGUGAGCCAAUCCUACCAGUGUAAAUCGAUGGUUAUGAAUGGACAGCAAACAUCGCAGGUAAAAACGACAACAUCAAGGGUAUCCAGUGCCUUCGAUCGCUUCAAUGGAAGCUCUAGUGCAAACGAUAGCAGUAAGAAGCAAGCGGCAAAUGCUAUUGGCAAAGCGCUGAACUUUGGUAUUGGCUCUGCAAGGAACAAGUUUCUUGCUGCUGAGAAGGUGUCACCAACCAAACCAUCAGAACCAAGCUUAAACUUCACAAAGAAAUUUGAUAGCCCUGGUUACACAGUGAAGAAGUUUACAGAGACAAAGGUUGAACAAAAAAGUUCAUCAUCUGGUCCAAUAGAAUUUGGAUUGAGUUUCACAAAGAAGACGGAGACGCGCAGUAAUCUGAAGGAGACAGGACAAGACUCAGUUUUCAAAAAGACAAGCCCGUCACCACACCCGCGUCACCAAUCUGCGCCUGCUCCUACCGGUCAGCCAAUCAGUUUCAAGCUACCAGGCGGGGGCGCAAAGACAAGCUCUGUUGCCGAUAGAAUGAAGAUGUUCAAAGAAAGCAAAGAAGAUGAAAAGGCCAGGCUCGAGAAAGAGAAGAAAGAGAAGGAAGCCCAUCAAAGAGCGAGGCUUGCCUCGGAUCCAACUCCUGUUAAGUCUCCCGCCUCAACAACAGCGCCUUGCAUGAAGAAGCGCGAAGUGAAGAAACCAAUAAGAAGAACUAUGUCCAUUUCAUCGAUUGUUCUUGAUUGGUGCAAAGAGAUGGUGAAAGAUUACGGAAUUCAAAUAAAAAAUUUCAGUGGGAGUUGGAAUAAUGGACUUGCGUUUUGUGCACUCAUCCAUAAAUUCAAUCCAGAUAGCUUUGACUUUAGCGAGCUGUCCCCAGAAAACAGAGAGAGGAAUUUUCAACUUGCUUUUGAUACAGCAUACGAGGUGAAAAAUAUUCCAAAAUUACUCGACGUUGAAGAUAUGGUUAACAUGAAAAACCCAGAGCCUAGGAGUGUACAGUGCUACGUGCAGUGGAUCUGGAGUGUUUACGGUCCAACGUCAGGCUAUGGGCCUAGUAUGGAAGAAAUUAAACAAGCCCAGGUCAGUUAGUGCAUUCAAAAUGUAAAAAGGUAAAUCAAAUCAAUUUGACAAAACCUGUUUGCUAUCAUAUUAGCCUGUAAAUAGUCUUACUUCUUUUGCUCUUGUGAUGUGUUACUCGUUAUUGUUGUAGAAACUUCAGUCUACUAUUUUUGUUUAAAUCCGCCAGUUUUCCUGUCGACAAGUUAAGGCUUUUCUUGUCUUUUUUUACACAUAUAAGAUCGAAGAGUAUGGGGUUGAGCUGGUACUCUCUGAAAGAGCCAAACUUAGAUUGAUCGAUUGAAUGCUUACUUUUCUGAAAAGUUCAUUUUCAAAUCUAACAACCUAAUGUUCUUUGAUCAAAAUGCAUUCACUGUAUAUAUCUAUGAUUUUGAUAAAAUAUCUGUUUUAGUCAUAUGUCUACCUGACUAUUUGAAAAUUGUCAUAGUAAUUUCUUAAGAAUUUAGCAAACAACUUACCUUUCUUUCGUGUCGUUUUUAAGUUUUAAGUAUCAGAUCUUUCAUGUGAAUUUAAUCAUGUGCAAUUUUCAUACAUGAAUAGGUAAUUAUUCUGAGUGGUUUCAAAAGAUAUAAAAUUUUGAUAUGUUGUAUUAUUUUCAUCAGUUCUGUCACUUUUAAUGUGAAUAAUUAUGCAACAUUUUCUUUGAAAUUUGUGAAAUUUGAUUACAAAAGUUGAAAGAAGAUUUUUCAGAAAUUUAAACAGAAAAAAAUAUUGAUUUUUCUUUUAAUGAAUGGCAUCAGAUAAUUCUAUUUGACAAACAUUUUGGCCGAUAAUAUAAAGAUUCUGUAGAAAAUACCUGUAUAUCUUAAAAAUACCUCAGAAUAAUUCUAUUUCCUUCAUUCGAAAUAUGAUCUUUUCUGAAUUUUUUCUUCGUUUUUUAUCUUAAACAACUUUGCUUACCUUCGAUUACCUUCGAUAAAAUUUUCAAAUCUGUGCAACUAACAUUGGCCCAAAUGUCUGUACACAGUUCUGCUUAGCGUUUUGAAAAUAACAAUUUUAAAGUUAAUUGGGCGAAUUCUUAUAUUUCAAUUUUUCAAUUUUCUUAAGUGAAAUAUAAUUUGCAUGUGAUUGUUUAAAAGCAAUGGUAACAUGGAACAAGUAGAUUUAGCAUCACUCAAAAAAUAUUUUAUGCGUCGUUGAAGAGUUUUUCUGUGCAGUCCAUAGCGAGAAGAUUAGGCUAGGUGUAUAUAAAAAUUCAAAUUGCAGAUUUGGUUUGAAAAAUUAUUCAAACUUUUCUGUACACUAUUUUCGACCUCAGAUUUGGAUUAUCUGUAGGAAUUCAGAUUUGGACCGUAAUUGGCGACUAAUAGGGUUAAGUUUCAUCCGGAACGAAUUUAAAACUUCAUUUCUCCGUUAGAUAUAAAAUAAAAAAGCAAUCAAUAUGAAAAAUGGUAUCCGGCUUGAAAUAAUGACGAUAAAACCAAAUCUGAGCUUAAAAAGUCGUACAAUGGAGUUUGGAGAAAUUUCCAUAACGAAGCCAUCUGUCGAGUUGGUGUAUUCUAAUCAUUUUUUUUCUUGAAAAACACCACAAUCAAUUUAAUUCUAGGACCUUCUGAUCCCAACAAGUCAUUCAAUCUGUUCCUAGAAAAUUGGUCCCUAAAAGCAAACCGAACUAGUUCAAGAAAUUUUUUUUGAACAGACUCGAAGACUAAGUCUAUAGCCUUACUUUUUAAUGAAAAAUCGACCCCUGCAAUAAGACAUUAUUCUUUAAAAAAAGGACUUUAAUUUCAAAACUAAGUUAAUUUAUAGCACUUUCAGAUAUUUUAAAAAAGACUCAUUCUUAUUCUAGAAGAAAAAAGUUUUGAAAAAAUCGACGAUUUUCCU